GAGGCAGGCAGCGCAGAGCCGCCGCCGCCGCAGCCCCGGGCUCGCCAUGCUCCUGGCCUCGGCCGUGGUGGUCUGGGAAUGGCUGAACGAGCACGGCCGCUGGCGCCCCUACAGCCCGGCCGUGAGCCACCACAUCGAGGCGGUGGUCCGCGCCGGCCCCCGCGCCGGGGGCAGCGUGGUGCUGGGCCAGGUGGACAGCCGUCUCGCGCCCUACAUCAUCGACCUGCAGUCCAUGAACCAGUUCCGCCAGGACACGGGGACCCUCCGCCCAGUUCGCCGUAACUACUACGACCCAUCCUCGGCCCCUGGGAAGGGCGUGGUGUGGGAAUGGGAGAAUGACAAUGGUUCUUGGACGCCGUACGACAUGGAGGUGGGCAUCACCAUCCAGCAUGCCUAUGAGAAGCAGCACCCCUGGAUCGACCUCACUUCCAUCGGCUUCAGCUACAUCAUUGACUUCAGCACCAUGGGCCAGAUCAACCGGCAGACCCAGCGCCAACGCCGCGUCCGUCGGCGUCUCGAUCUCAUCUACCCUCUGGUCACUGGUACCUUGCCUAAGGCCCAGUCCUGGCCAGCCAGCCCCAGCUCGGCCGCCUCACCCCCUGCACCGCCCUGCUCCUGCCCACAGUGCAUCCUGGUGAUGAGCGUCAAGGCGGCCGUGGUCAAUGGGAGCACCGGGCCCCUGCAGGCCCCAGCAGCCCGUAAGAACAUGCCCCCAUCUGGAGCGGUCAAGCUGCCCCCACCAUCAGGCCCUGGGGCCAAGCCACUGGACAGCACAGGCACCAUUCGAGGCCUGGUAAAGACUGCCCCAUCGCAGGCCAUCCGGCGACAAGCCUCUAGCACGCCGGCAGGGGCGGCUGUGGGCUCCCCUGCCAGCCCCCCGGGAGGCAACGGCAAGACCGGAAGGGUGGCCCUGGCUACCUUAAAUCGUACCAACCUGCAGCGACUGGCCAUCGCCCAGUCCCGGGUGCUGAUCGCCUCUGGGGUCCCCACCGUCCCAGUGAAAAACCUAAAUGGGUCCAGUCCUGUCAAUCCUGCCCUGGCAGGAAUCACUGGGAUCCUCAUGAGUGCAGCGGGGCUGCCUGUGUGCCUCACUAGGCCACCCAAGCUGGUCCUCCACCCACCCCCCGUCAGCAAGAGCGAAAUAAAAUCCAUCCCAGGGGUUUCCAACACAAGCCGCAAGACCACCAAAAAACAAGCCAAGAAAGGUAAAACCCCGGAAGAAGUGCUAAAGAAGUAUCUGCAAAAAGUCCGGCACCCACCAGAUGAGGACUGCACCAUCUGUAUGGAGCGCCUCACAGCCCCAUCGGGCUACAAGGGCCCACAGCCGACAGUCAAGCCUGACCUGGUGGGAAAGCUGUCCAGAUGCGGCCACAUCUAUCACAUCUACUGCCUGGUUGCCAUGUACAACAAUGGCAACAAGGAUGGGAGUUUGCAGUGUCCAACAUGCAAGACCAUCUAUGGGGUGAAGACAGGCACCCAGCCUCCGGGGAAGAUGGAGUACCACCUCAUCCCACACUCCUUGCCUGGCCACCCAGACUGCAAAACCAUCCGGAUCAUCUACAGUAUCCCCCCUGGCAUUCAGGGGCCAGAACACCCAAAUCCUGGGAAGAGUUUCAGUGCCCGUGGCUUCCCACGACACUGUUACCUUCCAGACAGCGAGAAAGGGAGAAAAGUUCUGAAGCUGCUGCUUGUGGCCUGGGAUCGCCGCCUCAUCUUUGCCAUUGGUACCUCCAGCACCACGGGCGAGUCAGAUACCGUCAUCUGGAAUGAAGUCCACCACAAGACAGAGUUUGGCUCUAAUCUCACUGGCCAUGGCUACCCAGAUGCUAAUUACCUGGAUAAUGUGCUGGCUGAACUGGCUGCCCAGGGCAUUUCUGAGGACAGCACUGCCCAGGAGAAGGACUGAGCUGGAGGGGCUUUGGUGGGGAGGGCCAUGGGGACCACAGGGCAGGAAGUGGGAAGAGUCAAGGUAGAAGUUGGUGCCCUGCCCUCCCGACUCCUUCAUCUCCCCUCCUGUCCUGUCUCCAUCCCCUAUCCUCCCAACCACAGGGGGGAGCCAGAUUGAACAAGGUGAUGUCAUUCAUAAAUCUCAUCCAUCACAAAGGGGACAUGGGAUGAGGGCCAUCCUUGGUCUAUUCCCAUGGAGUUUUCGGUGCUGGGUAGGCAAGAA